CUCUAGAACAGCUAAUGUACUAAACAGACUCUGAUAUGAAUGUCAGAGGCCAUUUCUUCACCAUUAUAGAUGAACUCUUAACCUAAGUUAGACAUAAUGUUUUUACAUCUAAUGUAAAAACAUUAUAUGUAUACAGAUAUCCUAUUUAAUCACAGCAAUAUCUCUUUCACUUUCAGACUGUUCUUGGCAGUGUCCACUUUGAUGCUGCUCACCCAGAGAAUCACCUCUGUGUCUUUGGACCUUCAGGAGAAACGAGUCGUACUGACAACAUCCAAAAGGCAGACUUGUGUCACGCUUCUCCCUCUUAUCAACUACAUCCUCAAUUUUACCACACUGCUUGGUGGUCCUUUGGGUUCCUAUGGACAAUUCAUUACUCCAAUGGAGGGGAUCAACCUCACCUCGCCACCCAGUCCACUAGGUGUAGUUUUCCUAAAGCUGAUGCAAGUGUUAAUGCUAGAGUGGGUUAGAUUUUAUCUUGUCUUUUUUCUGAAACACCUUAUCCAUGAUUUCAACCCUGGCAUCCUCUAUGGCAUCCUGUCGACCUGGUGUCUUGGACUGGUUUUAAGAAUACAGUAUUACUCUCACUGGAAGAUCAGCGAAUGCCUCAAUAACGCAGCAGGGUUUGGCUUUUGGGAAGAUUCAUCUGGGGACUAUUUCUCCAAAUGGAGCGGACUAUCCGAUGGGGACUUCUGGACCACUGAGGCAUCGAUAUGCAUGUCACA